AGUCAUUCGCUGGCUGAGUAAUCCCUGCGGAGAGCAGCACAACGCAAACAGGCUGAGCAGCGACCCAGCAGAGCCAGACGCGACCGGACGGAUGGCAGCCCAGAGGAUGGGAGCCCCCCGACUGCCGCUGGGGCUUCUGCUCGCCUUCUCUCUUCUGCUGGCAGCCCGCGCUGACUUCUGUGAAGUGAACCAGUGUCAGAAUGGAGGCACUUGUCUCACCAGUGUGGACGACUCUCCUUUCUAUUGCAUCUGUGCAGAAGGCUUUACUGGGGCGGACUGCAGUGAAACAGAGAAAGACUCCUGCCACCCGAAUCCCUGCCUGAACGAUGGGGAGUGCCAGCUGGUUCCCAACCGGGGUGAUGUCUUCACUGAAUAUGUCUGCAAUUGCCCUUCAGGAUACGAAGGCAAACACUGCCAGAACAACAUGAAUGAAUGUUCUUCGCAGCCAUGUAAGAACGGAGGGACCUGUUUGGAUCUGGAUGGCGACUACACCUGCAAAUGUGGCGCGCUCUACUUGGGGAAGACCUGCCAUCUCCGCUGUGCAAAUUUACUGGGUUUGGAGACCGGGGCCAUUGCAGACGCCCAGCUUACAGCCUCGUCGGUGCAUUAUGGCUUCCUUGGCGUGCAGCGUUGGGGUCCUGAGCUUGCUCGCCUCAACAAUAAGGGCAUAGUGAAUGCCUGGACCUCCAGUAACUAUGACAGGAGCCCUUGGAUUCAGGUAAAUCUGCUGAGGAAGAUGAGGCUCUCUGGAGUUGCCACACAAGGGGCACGCCGUGCGGGCCGGGCAGAGUACGUCCGGGCCUACAAAAUGGCCUACAGCCUGGACGGACGCGAGUUUGUGUUCUACAAAGAUGACGAGCAAGAUCAGGAUAAGGUUUUCUCAGGCAACAUGGAUAACUACGGUGCCGUCUCCAACCUCUUCAGCCCCCCAAUCACAGCCCAGUACAUCCGCAUCUACCCUGUGGUUUGCCGUCGAGCCUGCACCAUGCGCUUGGAGCUGAUUGGCUGCGAGAUGAAUGUGUAUUUCAACAUGGCAGGUUGCUCGGACCCACUGGGCAUGAAAUCCCACCUCAUCUCUGACCAGCAGAUCACGGCCUCCAGCGUGUACAAGACGUGGGGCAUUGAUGCGUUCACGUGGCACCCACAUUAUGCCCGUCUGGACAAGAUAGGCAAGAGUAACGCCUGGGCUGCCCUCACUAAUGACCGGGACGAGUGGCUUCAGAUCGACCUUGGGAGGGAGAAGAAAGUGACUGGAAUCAUCACACAAGGAGCUCGUGACUUUGGACAUAUCCAGUAUGUGGCAGCCUACAAAAUAGCCCACAGUGAUGAUGGGAGGUCCUGGACCCUCUAUAAGGACAGCCGGGCCAACAGCACCAAGAUUUUCCAAGGUAACUACGACAACAACUCACACAAGAAGAAUGUCUUCGAUGCGCCCUUCUACGCCCGGUUUGUGCGCAUCCUGCCCGAGUCCUGGCACAACCGUAUCACGUUGCGGGUGGAGCUUCUGGGCUGCGACGAAUAGCCUCCUGUUAACAAGAGAACUGUAGUGUGGAGACCCAGACGUCCACCAACCUGUCCUUAUUCUUUCCCCGGAUCCACACGGUCGCUGUUGCGACAUCCUCGCUCUGUCACUUACCCCAGUGCCAUUUUCUAUGAAUUCCCUGCCCUGUGGGCAUGAGGGGCAUUUGGAGCAUCAAGUUGCCCAAUUUUUUUUUUUUAAAAAAUGGAGCCAGCCGCUCUCUGAAAUAAGGGCUUUUCACCUCCCACUCUUCCACCUUCACUUUCCAAAAAUAUGCGGUUACCCUGGUUCCGUCACGGAUGGCUACCGCAUCUGCACUACCAUUCCUACGGGUCCCUAGCACUGCACUUUAAGCGCCACCCUGAGCGCCGGAAGCAAUGGCUUUCAUCGGCCCUGCUCAUUGCAUCAGGGGAGAUUCCCCAAGCAGCAUGACCACGCUACAGACCUAAGCUGGUUUUUACAGCCAGACCCUCCCACCAGGGAACAGGCGGUCUGCGGACAAAUCUAGGACAUUGGCGGUUUCACAUGUAACACAGAAAAGUAAGUAGAAGAAAACUGCCAGUUUAUUGUGGGCACAUGUAUCACCUUUUCUGUGUCAUGUGAAUCCACCAGAAGUGGAGAAUGCCUUCUGCAACCCAAAGUUCUCUGUCCAACUUUGAUUCUUUGUUAAUGGGCAGUUCACACGAUCAUGAUUGGAUUCGGAGAAAUCCUACCCUAAUUCAAGAGCUGGGCGAGCUCCCAUUUGCUGAUUGUGAAUUAAAACCAAGGUUGGAGACACCAUCUGUGAUCACCUGCUAAGCAGCAGCUGGAUUGGAAGGCUCCCUUCUCAAUGUAGGGAUGUGCGAAUUGAUUCGGAUUUGAAUCGAUGUGACUCAAAUCUGGCUGAUUUGAACUAUUCGAAUUUGAAUUGCAUCACCCCUAAGAAGAGUAAUUCUAUUUGAAUUUGAAUGGAAUCAGCCAGAUUUGAGUUCGAAUUGAUCUGAAUCAACUUGAUUACAGUUUAGGGACAUUUUGGCACCUUUAAAAAACCAUUCAGGUGCCCUGAUUGGAAGUAUCAAAAAAAGGUUGAAUCGGAUCGACCAGUUUUGAUUUGAAUUUGAAUCAAAUCUGAAAAUUUGAUUCGAGCACAUCCCUAUCUGAGUGAGCUAGGAGGAAAAGCCCUCUGACUCCGCUGCUGCUUAGUAGAUGACCACAGAUGAAGCCUCCGACCUUGCUUUUAACGGACAGGUGAUCAACAAAUAGGAGUGCCCACAGCUCCUGAAUUAGGGUAGGAGGCUUCUUCUACCCUAACUAUGAUUGUGUGAACUGCCCUUACAGGUGUUGGGCAAAUGGGUGGCGGAGAGAACUAUUCUCUCAUUGGCUCCCUCAACAUGGAAAAGAUAACGGGAGCAUGGGAAAUAAUGGGAGCACGUGCCCAUCGGAAACCAAGGGUUCCCUUCUACUUAUUUGCCAUCAUUAUGUGUGAAGCCAACCACUGUCUUCUAGUCCUUUGGUCCAUCUAGCUCAGUAUUGUCUACACUGAAUGGCAAUGGUUCUCCAGGGUUGUUUUCAUAAGAACAGCCUUGCUGGAUCAGGCCCAAGGCCCAUCUCUUUCACACAGUGGCCCACCAGAUGCCUCUGGGAAGCCACAGGCAGAUAGGUCUCUUCCAACUCUCUCAGGAGAUACCAAGAGUUGAACCUGGGGCCUUUUGCAUGCAAAGCAGAUGCUCUUCCACUAAGCUACAGCUGCUCCCUUAAAAUGUAACCUGUGAAGCUGCCAUCUACUGAGUCAGCCCAUUGGUCCAUCUAGCUCAGUGCUGUCUACACAGACUGGUAGGGUUUCCAGAGGGGUCUCUUAUUUUACCCAGAGAUGCAAAGACUUACAACUAGGACCUUCUGCAUGCAAAUCAUGUGCUCUAUCACUGAGCUAUGGUCCUAGCAGCAUUUUGAGGAGCUUAACAGUAUUUAACGGAAAAUUCUUAAGCAUCUUCAUGAAACCACAACUCCCAGGAUUCUCUGAAAGAAGCCCUAAUAAUUAAACUAGGUAAAACAGAUACAAGUUUGUAGUCUAGAUAUGGCCUUGUUCAUAGCCAUUUUUUGGGGAAGCAGAAUCAAAAUUCUGCACCAAGAGCAACCGAAUUCUGCAACCAUAAGUUUUGCAGAUUUACAUUAUCUCUCAUAAUUUAUUUUGCUUGCAAAGUCACGGAGUCAGGAUGCUGUUCAGGGCCCCAGAUCCUACCCCCCAUUUUCCCCUUCCUGAAAUUUUAUCACUUGCCUCUUCUGGCUCCUGAGGUCCAGCAAGCCAUUGCCCACACACUUUCAAACUUGUCAACAGAACCAUAAGGGCUAGAAACUUGAAAGCUGCAUUCUUUGCCCAGCAUCACCUCCUCUUCUCUUCCUGUCCUUGUGUGGCUCUACGCACGUGAUUCCAUCUCCCCCUACUCUCUGGAUAAGAUUUCUCAGUAUGCCAAAUAGUGGAGAUUGAGUGCUGGCUGGGUGAGCCUGCAUUUCUUCAAUCCUUUCUAUAACUCAGUGUUUCCCCCUAGACGAAUUGUUUUUUGGACUGUGUGAAGAUUCGGCCAAAGCUGAAUACUCUGCACAGUCUCCCCGGCACCUGGUGGAGAUGGCCAUUAGGAACAUAGGAAGCUGCCACAAACCGAGUCAGACCCUUGAUCCAUCUAGCUCAGUAUUGUCUUCACAGACUGGCAGUGGCUUCUCCAAGGUUGCAGGCAGGAGUCUCUCCCAGCCCUAUCUGGAGAUGUCAGAAAAGGAACUUGGAACCUUCUGCUUGGAAGCUUGCAGCUGCUCUUCCAAGAGGAGCCCUGUCCCCUAGAAUAUCUUACCGCACUCACAAGUAGUCUCCCUUUCAAAUACAAACCAGGGAAGACCCUGCUUAGCAAAAGGGGAAAUGCAUGCUUGCUAUUCUCACCGUGCAGUGCUGUACUUUGCUCAGAGCUGAGGUCUCCUUUUGGGGAAAUGGAGCCCUGGCGCCAUCUUGGAAGGGGUGCGUGGAGUGCUGGAAAGAGUAGCCCUUCCCAGCGCUUUCCCCACAGAGCUCUUAAGAUUGGGCUCCAUCCCUCCUAAGGUCCCACCCAGCACUGAGAGUCAGCACAGUGGAAAAUGGCUCUCACAUUGAAGAUUUUUUUUUUUUUGCCCAAGUGGCCAGGCUUGCAAAACUGAAGGUCACUAUAGCUCCUUUGGGAGCAGUCCAGAUUCUCCCAUCGGAAAGCCACGCGUUUACCCAUAGUCCUUUGCAGCUCUUCCUGGGAGGCUGGGAACGGUUUCCCUCAAGCACCCCUCCUCGUCCGGCCGAUCGUGUGUGGUACAGCGGCGUGAAGAAGCAGGACUUUGUGAAACCCCCCCUCCAAUGGGAAGAAAGGGCGGCGUUUCAAUAAAUAAAUAAAUAAAUGUGGAAUAUCCCUUU